UUCUGAUCAGACCUUUAAAGUGAUGAAAACUGGGGUUGGGAAAGGAUGAAAUACCUCUUGACUCCUUACACUGAAGUCAACCAUUUUUUUGGCUCAUCCAGGUCUAUCCUGACAGGAUCAUUGACUAACUAUAGAAAUUAUCAUGUCUGAAUCAGUCAUUCUUCGUAGUGUUAGGAAAUUUGGAGAGGAGAAUUAUGCCUUUGAAUCGUACGAAUCAGAUAACAAUACAAAGAAAGCAAGGUCACAAGAUGGAAAGAAAGAUGGACACAUUCAAGUCAGCUUCUUUCAAUUGUUUCGAUUUUCUUCAUCAAGGGACAACUGGCUGAUGUUUGGGGGAAGUUUAUGUGCAUUUAUACAUGGAAUGGCCCAGCCAGGAAUGUUACUUGUUUUUGGCUUGAUGACAGACGCUUUUAUUGAAUAUGACAUUGAGUUACAAGAGCUUAGCAUCCCUGGUAAGAUAUGUGUGAACAACACCAUAGUGUGGGCCAACAGCUCUCUCAACCACAAUGAGACUAAUGGGACCCGUUGUGGGUUAUUGGAUAUUGAAAGUGAGAUGAUCAUAUUUGCCACUUACUAUGCUGUAGCCGGUCUUCUGGUUUUCAUCCUGGGAUACUUCCAAGUAUGCUUUUGGGUAAUUGCUGCUGCUCAUCAGAUACAGAAAAUAAGACAAAUUUACUUUAGGAAAGUAAUGAGGAUGGAAAUAGGCUGGUUUGAUUGCAAUUCAGUGGGAGAACUGAAUACCCGAAUCUCAGACGAUAUUAAUAAAAUCAAUGAGGCCAUUGCUGACCAGGUUGCCAUCUUUAUCCAGCGUAUGACCUCUUCUGUUUUUGGAUUCCUGUUGGGAUUUUACCAAGGCUGGAAACUGACACUGGUUAUGAUUUCAGUCAGUCCUCUUCUUGGAAUUGGAGCAACAGUCAUUGGCCUGAGUGUGGCCAGACUCACUGGCAGAGAAUUGAAGGCGUAUGCCAAAGCUGGAUCUGUGGCUGAUGAAGUCCUGUCCUCCAUUAGAACAGUGGCUGCUUUUGGUGGUGAAAAAAAAGAGGUAGAAAGAUAUGAGAAAAAUCUUGUAUUUGCCCAGCGCUGGGGAAUUCGAAAAGGGAUGAUAAUGGGCUUAUUUACUGGAUUUAUGUGGUGUGUCAUUUUCAUGAGUUAUUCGUUAGCCUUCUGGUAUGGCUCCAAACUUGUCCUGGAAGAAGGCGAAUAUUCACCAGGAAUUCUUUUGCAGGUUUUCUUUGGAGUCUUAGUAGGAGCUUUAAACCUUGGCCAAGCAUCACCUUGUCUGGAAGUUUUUGCCACAGGGAGAGCUGCAGCUACUAACAUCUUUGAGACAAUAGACCGGAAACCAGUCAUUGACUGUAUGUCGGAAGAUGGUUACAAGCUGGAUAGAAUCAAGGGAGAAAUUCAAUUUCACAACGUGACCUUCCAUUAUCCUUCCAGACCUGAGGUGAAGAUUUUAGAUAACCUUAGCAUGGUAAUAAAAUCUGGAGAGACGACAGCUCUGGUGGGACCCAGUGGGGCUGGGAAAAGCACAGCAAUACAACUAAUUCAGAGAUUCUAUGAUCCCAGUGAAGGCAUGGUGACUCUAGAUGGACAUGAUAUUCGCUCACUUAAUAUUCAAUGGCUUCGAUCCCAUAUUGGGAUUGUUGAACAAGAGCCAGUCCUGUUCUCCACCUCAAUUGCAGAGAACAUUCGCUAUGGCAGAGAAGAUGCAACCAUGGAAGACAUUAUCAAAGCUGCCAAAGAAGCCAACAUCUACAACUUUAUCAUGAAUUUGCCACUGAAAUUUGAUACCCUUGUUGGUGAGGGUGGAGGCCACAUGAGUGGGGGCCAAAAACAAAGGAUCGCUAUUGCCCGAGCCUUGAUCCGAAACCCCAGGAUCCUUCUUUUGGACAUGGCCACCUCUGCCCUGGACAAUGAGAGUGAAGCUAUAAUUCAGAAAACAAUCAAUAAGGCUCAGCAAGGACGUACAAUAAUCUCAGUAGCCCAUCGCCUGUCUACGGUCCAAGCUGCAGACAUAAUCAUUGGGUUUGAACUUGGAAAAGCUGUGGAGAGGGGCACCCAUGAGGAACUGUUGAACAGGAAAGGUGUUUACUUCACUCUGGUGACUUUGCAAAGUCAGGGAGACCAACUUUUAAAUGAAAAAACAGGGAAAGAAGAUGAUGUGUCCAAAGAUGUCAGUCUUGAGAAAACACAAAGCUUCAAAAGAGGGGGUUAUCAGGACAGUCUACGAGCUUCCCUACGGCAGCGUUCCAAGUCUCAGCUUUCUAACCUGAUACAGCAGCCUCCGCUGACUGUUUUAGAUAAUAUACCUGCUUAUGAAGAAGACAAGGAUCAUCCUUCUGAAGAAAAAGUUGAACCUGCACCAGUUAUGAGGAUUUUGAAAUAUAACAGUCCAGAAUGGCCUUACAUGUUGGCAGGCUCCUUGGGAGCAUCUCUGAAUGGUGCAGUCAAUCCUCUUUACGCACUGUUAUUCAGCCAGAUUAUUGGGACCUUUUCUAUACUCGAUAAGGAAGAACAAAGGUCUCAGAUUGAUGGACUCUGCAUAUUCUUCAUAAUAUUAGGAAUUGCAUCCUUUUUCAGUCAAUUUCUACAGGGAUACACAUUUGCAAAAUCUGGAGAGCUACUCACCAAACGACUUCGUAGAUUUGGUUUCCAGGCCAUGUUAGGGCAAGACAUUGGCUGGUUUGAUGACAUAAAGAACAGUCCUGGAGCUCUGACAACAAGACUGGCUACAGAUGCAUCUCAAGUUCAAGGAGCUACUGGAACUCAGAUUGGGAUGAUCGUCAGUUCCCUCUCCAAUAUUGGUGUGGCCCUGAUCAUUUCAUUUAUCUUCAGCUGGAAACUAAGUCUAGUGAUUUCAUGCUUCCUUCCCUUCUUAGCUUUAUCAGGAGCCAUACAAGCUCGGAUGUUGACAGGAUUUGCCUCUACAGACAAGCAUGUCUUAGAAGCCAUUGGCCAGAUUUCUAAUGAAGCCCUCAGUAAUAUCCGUACAGUUGCUGGGAUGGGAAAGGAAAUGCGUUUCAUUGAAGCGUAUGAGAGGGCACUGGAAAAGUUAUUCAGUACAGCCGUCCGAAAAGCAAAUAUCCAUGGAUUAUGCUUUGGCUUUGCACAAGGCAUAGUAUUUAUAACCAAUUCAGCCUCUUACCGAUAUGGAGGAUAUCUGGUUCCUCAUGAAGGACUCCAUUUCAGCUAUGUCUUCAGGGUUAUAUCUGCAGUGGUGACCAGUGGAACUGCUCUUGGAAAAGCUUCUUCUUACACUCCAAGUUAUGCCAAAGCUAAAAUAGCUGCAGCACGUUUUUUCCAGCUCUUAGACUAUCAACCCAAAAUCAACGUGUACAGUCACACAGGCGAAAAAUGGGAUAACUUCAAAGGGAGCAUUGACUUUGUUGACUGCAAGUUUACAUAUCCAUCCAGACCCAGUGUACAAGUUUUGAAUGGUUUCUCAGUAUCUGUUAAGCCUGGACAGACCCUGGCACUUGUUGGAAGUAGUGGCUGUGGAAAAAGUACCUGUGUUCAGCUGCUGGAGAGAUUCUAUGACCCUAACAAAGGGCAAGUGAUAAUAGAUGGACAUGAUAGCAAACGUGUUAACGUCCAGUUCCUUCGAUCUAAAAUUGGAAUUGUAUCUCAGGAGCCUAUAUUAUUUGCCUGCAGCAUUGCUGACAACAUCAGAUAUGGAGAUAACACUAAGGAUGUUCCAAUGGAGCUUGUCAUUGAUGCAGCAAAGAAGGCUCAGCUACAUGAGUUUGUCAUGUCACUUCCAGAGUUCAUUACAGCUAUUUCUUUUGGGAUCAGAGACACAGAAAAAAUAAAGAUGAAGAAGUUGGAAUCAUCCCAGACAGGCAAAUAUCUUCUUUUACUUUUGUUUUUCUCUUCAUUUAGAAUCUCCUAGGAAUAGAAGUUGCUUGUUUUUCUCAUUUGUCUUUUUUUUCAGUUUAAAUUUAUUUGUUCAUUUGUUACAUUAAAAUUAUCAGGUUUUUCUCUUUCUCCUUCCUCAUCUAGCACCACAGAAAGCAUCCAUAGAUAGAAUAAAAUACCUGGGAGUAUUUUUCUCACUUGUAAAGGUGAAAAUGGUGCUGAGGGUGGAGUUGGAGGGGAAAGAUGGAUCCUUUAAAAAAAACUUGCUUGUUUAUUGUAGAUUCAACACCUCUAGAUUUUUGACACAAUAGCUCACACACUUCUGAUUCUAAGUCUCUGUAGAGACUUAGUCUCAUUAUCAGGCACAUGAUAUUGUUCAUUAUGUUGUAUGCUGAUGUGAAAAGAGAAUAUGGCAGCUGUACUAUAAGUCACAAAGCUAAUAUUUAGCACAACAACAACAACAACAACAGAUAUUUAUUAAGCACCUACUGUAUAUAAAGCAAUGUGUUAGACUCCAGAAGAAAUAAAACAAUUAUAAUCAAGGAGGUUACAGUUUGGCAGGGGAAUUUGACAUUGACAAGGUUUAUUCAGUAUUAUACAAUAAGCAUAUUAUAAAACAAAAUGCUCAGUGCAUUCUGAAAGGAGGAGAGAUUGGGGAAAUUUUCCUAGAAGAAUUGACAUUUGAGGUGGAUUUUCUUAAUAAAAAGAACUUCAACAGGCAGAGAGAAUAGGAAGGAAUGCAUUUAUAGUCAUAGGAAACAGUCUGAGUAGUCAUUUAGGUGUGCAAUCACAGUAUAUAUUCAGGGGGGAAAGAAUAGUUCAAUUAGAUUGGCUCAUGGUGUCCAUGAGGGGAAACAUGCCAGUGGGUAGAAAGUCAUCCUUGGAGUCAAGAAGACCUAUGUUCAAGUCAUAUCUCUGAAAUAUACCACAUAUGUAACUUGAUUCUCAGUGCAACUUCCAGGCAACUCUUCAAAUCUAUACAUUGAAGAAUAGGCUCAGAUCUUCAUUGUUAGAGGGGCAUCCUCAUUAGGGUUCUCUAUUUCAAUGAAAUCACAAUUCUAAUAAAUAAGGGAAAAGUGCAUGGAGAAGUCAAAAGAGUCAGAAAAAGUAGGAUGUCACAAAAUUGUAGAAUGUCUUGAAUGUCAGAGAAGUUUGUCCUUUCUUUGGUAAAUAAUAGGAAGCCAGUCAUUAAAGAUUAUUUUUUAGCAGAGAAAUGAUAUAAAAUAUAAGCAUGAGAAAAGUGAUUCUGGAAGUGUAAUGAAAGAUGGGCUAUAAUAAUCCAUCACUCAAUAAAUAUCUAUUAAGUACCUGCUAUGUACCAGGCACUAUGCUAAAUGCAAAUUGAAGUAAAAGUCAGAUCUUGCCCUUGAAGAGUUCAUAAUCUAAUAUAGGAGACAACAGCUAUAUAGUAUGUACAAAUAAGCUAUUUAGAGGACUAGAAUGUAGAAAGAGUAAAAGUAUGGAAACCUGUAAGAAGGUUAUUACAAUAAUGCAGAUGGAUGGUGAUAAAGACUGGAACCAGAGCAGUAGUGGUAAAAUAAAGAGAAGGAGAUGGACAUAAAAUGCUGCGCGUAUGGAAUCAAUGGAAUUUGAUAACAAGUCAUGUAUAAAAAAAUGAAAGAGAAAGAAAUUAAAGGUACACCUGAGGUUAUGAAUAUGGGACACUGAAUGACUUGAGAGAAAUAUAAAGUCAGAAGGUAGAACAUAUGUAAGAAAGGAUAUAAUGAACUCAAGUUGGGAACAUAUUGAGUUUAAGGUCCUUUGGGACAGAUGGUAGGCAGUAUGGUAUGAUGGAGAGAAUCCUGGUCUUGGAGUCAGGAGACAGUUUCAAAUCUCACCUCCAGAACUCACUAGUUAUAUGAUUAUGGGCAAACUACUUAACCUCUCUAAGACUCUGUUUUCCUUAUCUAGAAAAUGAGGAUAAAAUAACUUCAAAACCCAUUUUAUAGAAUUACUGUGAAGAUCAAAUGAGAUUAUGUCUAUAAAGCACUAGAUAAACCUGAGAGCCCUAAAUAAAUAUCAACUAUUAUGCAACAUAUCCAGGAGUUGGAUUUGUGGGUCUGGAGUUCAGAAGAAAGUCAACAAACCUGAAUAUCCAGAUUUGGGAGUUGGUGAUUGAAACCAUAGAAUGAAAUAAGAUUGCCAAAGAAGAGUGUAGAAAGAAAAGAGAAGACAAUUUGAGAUGGGUCUUUGGAGAACACUCACAUUAAGGGGAUAAGAAGAAGAUGGGAAACCAAACGGAACCAGAUUAGGUGGAGUCAGAGAGGUAGGAAAAUAAGCAAAAGAGAAUCUGAAUGCAAGAGUAGAGCAUAAUCAAUAGUGUUGGAGACUGGAAAUUGGUCAAGAAUGAUGAAGCCAGUGGGUUUGGUAAUUAGGGAGUCAUUUAUGACUUUAAAAGAGCAGGUUAAGUUAAGGGGCGGGAGCAGAAGGUCGAUAUGAAAGAUGGAGGUUUUAGAUAAUUUGGAAAAGGCAACAUCAAAUGUCAAUUGGAGUAGUGUAUAUAUGACAGGGCAGUAUUAUAACUCUAGAAUAUAUAUAUUUAAGGAAGGCGUAAUCCAAGUCAGAAAAGGGAAGGGAGUUAUCUUGAUAGUUUAUUAUCUUAGGUAUGAGUCCUUUAAAUAAUCUAUUGUGUUCAAUAAAGAUUCUAUAUUUGAUAAUUUCUUAGCUUCAGUACUCACAUAGGAUUUGAGAGGCCCUCUAGGCAUCAAUAAAGUUCUGAUGUAGAGAGAGACAAAACAAAUAAAAUUAAUGUUACCAGAAGAGCCUCUUUGGACAAGGUCAAAUGUAAGUCAAACAUAUUAUUCAACAUUGAGAAGCCACCAGGAUUGAAUCUGGUUCAUACAAUCCUCAAGUUUCAUUAAUGGUCCAAGGGUUUUUGUUUUAUUAUAUGGUUUUUAGAGACUUAUACAUGUUGUAGGCAUAUGGGAAUGAGCCGAUAGAGAGAGUGAGAGUGAAUGAGAGAGAGAAAAUUGCUUAAGUGAAGUCCUUAAGUAAGGUAAGCAAUGAUAUGAGCAGUAGGAUUAAAGGAAGAGAAAUAUCUAUUCUAGUACUAUAAGGAGGGAGGAGAAAAUGGAUGAUGAUGAUGAUGAUGAUGAUGAUGAUGAUGAUGAGUUAUGAAUAAUGGAGGAAGGGAAGUGAAAGAACUAAUGAGUUAUAAAUCUCAGUGAAAUAUGAAAUUAAAUUAUCUGUUUUAAAUUGAAGGGGUUGUCAGUAAUCAUCAAAGAAAUCUGGUCCCAGCUAAAAAAUAGAACAGUGGAUCAAUGGAAUAGAUUAGGUAAUGAUUCCAAGGCAGUUAAUAUCCAUAGCAAUUUAGUAGUUGAAAAAUCUAAAUAUCCAUGCUUUGUGGGGAAGAAUUCACUAUUUGACAAACACUUCUGGGAAAACUGGAAAGCAGUAUGGCAGAGACUAGUUAUGGACCAAUAUCUCAUAUUGCACACCAGGAUAAUGUCAAAAUGGGUACUUGAUCUAGAAAUAAAGCAUGAUGCCAGAAACAAAUGGAUAAAGGAAGAAUUUAUGAUCAAAAAAGAUAAAAAUGAAAUAGAUAAUUGUGAUUACAUUAAAUUAUAAGAUUUUGUACAAAUAAAACCAAUGUCAUCAAAAUUAGAAGAGAAACAAAUUUGGAAACGUAUUUUAUAGCAAGUGUCUUACACAAAAGCCUCAUUUUUCAAAUAUGUAGAGAAUGGAAUCAAAUUUAUAAGAAUACAAAGCAUCCCCCAAUUGAAAAAGGAUCAAAGGAUAAAAAGAUAGUUCUCAAAGGGAGAAAUUAAAAUUUUCUACAUUCAUAUGAAAAAUUACUCAAAAACAUUUUUCAUUACAGAAAUGCAAAUCAAAAUACUACCUCCCACCUAUAAGAUUGGCUAACAUGACCAAAAAGGAAAAUGAUAAAUGUUGCAGGUGAUGUGGGAAAAUUGGUACACUAAUACUCUGUUGGUGGACUUUAAACAGAUACAAUAAUUCUGGAGAGCAAUACCCUUUGGUUCAUCAAUACCACUACUGGGUGUUCAUCCCAAAAAGAUCAGAGAAAAGGGAAAAGGACCUACCUGUACCAAAAUAUUUUAGCAACUCUUUUGUAGGGGCAAAGAAUUAGAAACUGAGGGAUCAUCCAUAACUUGGGGAGUGGCUGAACAAGUUGUAAUAUAUGUUCAUAAUGGAAUACUUUUGUACCAUAAGAAAUGAUGACCAGGAUUAGUUCAGAAAAACCUGGAAAGACUUAUAUGAACUGAGGCAAAGUGAAGUGAACAGAACCAAGAGAGCAAUGUAUAUAGCAACAAAUAUUAAACACUGAUCAACUAUGAAGGUCUAAACUAUUAUUAGCAAAGCAAGUUGUUCCCAGGAAAACCACAAAGGACCCAUGAUAUAAAUGUUAUCCCCAGCAAAAGAAAGGACUGUAGGAGUCUUAGCAUACCAUCUUCCACUAUAUUUCCUUCAUGAGAUUUCUACUGCAUGUGUGAUAAUGUGUCUUCUAUUAUGACAGGAGCAACAUUGAAAUAUGUACAUAUAUAAUCUAUAUCAGACUAUUCACUGUGGGGAAGAAGGGAAGGAGAAAAUCUGAAUUCUAAAAUAUCAAAAAAUUGUUAAAACUUAUUUCUACUUGCAAUUGAAUAUUUUAAUGGAAGAAAAAAAACUUGGAAAAAUAAAUUGAAGGGAUUGAAUUAGUGCCUUUGGGAGCAAGAAGAGAAAAGAAAAAGUUUGGGACAGUCACUAUGCUAAAUAAGAUAGGGAUUCGAGAAAGGUAGUGGAAUAACAGUGAAGACUCAGCCACUCUAUAACAUGGAGAUUGUAAACCAUGUAUUGAAGUGGAUCAAAUCAAUUUGAUUUCUGCACAUCGGCUAUGGGAGAAGUGGGGGGAGGGGGAGGGAAGAAAAGAAAAUGAUGUUUGUUUCCAAUGAAUAAUGUUUGGAAAUGACCAAAUAAAACAAUGUUAAAAAAUUAAAAAAAAAAGAAAAUUCCAAAUGGGAUGAUUAAAAGUAAAACCCAGUUGAAAGUGAAUGAAUGAGAAAAAUAAAAUAUGUUGCUUGAUCCUGAAAAAAAAUCAAUUUGAUUUCAUAAUUUUUCUAUAGUAGCACUAAGCAAUCUUGUAGCAGUAGUGGAGAAAUUAGAUGAUGGAGUUUAUUUCAAAACAAGGAGCCUUAAGGGGCAUUGAAUGACAGAUUCAGCAGUAGUAGUUAUAGUGAGAUGUUCAUGGGAGACCACAUGAUUACAGUCAAUGAAGGGAGAAUGGGAGAGAGGCUCAGGAUGGGUUAUAUGACUUAAAAGUCAUGAUAAGAAUAAAACAUAAAUUUAAUCUGAGUUUGAAAUUAAGAAAGAAGGAUAAGAAUGUGUCAUCCUGAAGUGGAAUUGUGAAGUUUCAGAUAUCAAAGGUGAAAUAAUUCUGUGAGGUGACCCAGUCAAGUCAACAAGCAGUUAUGAAUCCCCUACCUAAGUACGAGGGAUACAAUGAAAGGCAAAAAACCCAAUUCUUGCUUUCAAUGAGCUCACAUUUUAAUGGGAAAAUAACAUGUAAACAACUAUGUGCAAACAAGAUAUAUAGGAAAGAAACUGGAGAUGGCAGGGGCUAAGGGAAGCCAAGUUGUCUCCUUUCUCUGAUACUCAUAAUAGACAGCCAUGUCAUAAUGGAAAGCAUGUGGGAUUUUAGUCAGAGGACCUGAAUUGGAACCCUGAUUUUGCUGCUUACUAUCUUUGUAAUCUUAGACAGGUCAGUAAGCUUCUCUGAGAAUUAGAUUUUUUUUAUAUUAUAAAAUAAAGUCAUUGACUUAGAUGACCUCAAAGUAAAAGUGACCCGAGUCAUCAAGCGCUCAUUAGCAAGUAUUGAUUAAAUGUUUAGUAAAUGCCAACGACUAGGUUUGAUAAUGGGGAUAAAAAGACAAAAGUGAAAGUCCAUGCUGGGGUGAAGGGGGGCUUACUUGUUUAUAGGGAUGACAACAAAUAAAUAUAUACACAAUAUAUACAAAAUGAAGAUGAGUUUAUGCUAUAUGGUGAAGCCAUUGACACUGGUUCUAUGGAGC